GCGUUACAAUAAUUUCCGAAUGUAUUUGAACGCAUCAUUUAGAGCGUAGUAGCUGGAAGCCCGUGUGUUAGCUGUUCGUGUUCCUUCUGGAUUUAACCAUAAAAAUACUGCAACCGUGUUAUUUUACGUUAAACAUUAACCCGACAUUUCUCAGCCAAGAUGACCUCGAAACUUAAAGCUGGCAAAACUGGCUCAAAGAAUAAGGAGGAUGCUCCUUAUGAGUUGGAAAACCAGUUUGUCCUGCGGCUACCAGUGGAGUACGCCUCAACAGUACGAAGGAUUGCUCAGUCAAGCAGCAUGAACAUGAAAGACAGACUUACUAUUGAACUGCACCCUGAUGGACGCCAUGGCAUUGUCAGAGUGGACCGUGUACCUUUGGCCUGUAAACUCGUGGACCUACCUUGUAUGAUUGAGUCUCUCAAAACUGUGGACAAGAAAACAUUUUACAAGACUGCUGAUGUCUGUCAGAUGCUCGUGUGUACACCAGAUGGAGACCUCUACCCUCCUUUGGAGGAGCCAACUGGCACUGACCCUAAAAGCAAAAAGAAGGACAAAGAUAAGGAUAAGAAAUUUGUUUGGAACCAUGGCAUCACCUGUCCCCUGAAGAACACACGGAAGAGACGAUUUCGGAAGACUGCCAAGAAGAAGUACAUUGAAUCUCCUGAUGUGGAAAAGGAGGUUAAGAGAUUGCUGAGCACAGAUGCAGAGGCUGUCAGUGUUCGAUGGGAAAUAAUAGCUGAAGAUGAGUCCAAGGAUGCAGACCAACAUGGCUCACUCGGCAAUCUGGACUCAUCGCCUGGUACGUCUGGACUCAAGAUGAGUCACGGCUCCUCUGUCCAGCGCGAUGAAUUGAGGGAGAUCUUCAACGACAUCAGCAGCUCCAGCGAGGAUGAGGAGGACGAAGGGGACCGGCACGAGGACGAGGACCUGAACAUCAUGGACACAGAGGAUGAUCUCGUGCGACAGCUGCAAGACAAACUCAACGAGUCUGACUCUGCGCAGAUGGAGUCGGAUGGAAACAACCAGAUUGUCAUGGAGUAUCAGGUGCAGAUCAGCAGCAUCAAGGCCAAGCUCCAGGAAACACGCGCCCGCAAGAAACAGCAGGAGGAGCUCAUCAUGAAAGUGGAAAACCAGGCCCUUAAAAACCGUUUCCAAGCUUUGUUGGACGAGAUCAUUCAGCAGGAGGAGCAGGAGAUGGAGCAGCUGGCCUCCCUGCAGGAGCAGCUGGACUCGCUCAUCGAGAAGUGACCGCCAGGGGGCAGCCUCACGUCACCUACAGCCACACGGAGCGUCCGUUUCUCAUUCGCCUUUGUCAUUGUUUUUACUGCACACUUGAAGUCUGAGAUUGUGAUUUAGUGAACUGAAAAAAUAAAAUUGUUUUUGGAACUAUUAAA